AUGGAUCCGCGGCUGCCGGCUGAAGACCGAGCUACAGCUGCUGCCCUAGAAGGGGGGGUACAGCAGGGGGGAACCGGAUCUCGGCGACGGCGGUCGGUGACCGGCGGUCAGGUCCGGCGGUCAGCGUCGGUGACCGGCGGUCGGGUCGGCGCCGUAGGUCGGCGACGGCAACGGGGCCGGAGGGCCGAGGCGCGGGAGAGAGAGGGUACGGCGGUGACCGGCGGUAGGGUCGGCGCCGUAGGUCGACGACGGCGACGGAGACCGGCGACGAAGCCGGAGACCGGCGACGGAGGUCGACGCCGGGGACCGGUGGUCGGGUCGGGUCGGCGCCGACGGUCGGCGACGGCGCCGAAGGCCGUGGACCGAGAUAGAGAGUCUAGUGAGAGAGAGAGUCUAGUGAGAGAGAGAGCCGUUAGAGAGAAGUUAGAGAGAAAAUAAUUGGCGAAGUGUAUAAAGGGAAAAGAUAAUAUGUUGUACAUCUGUAAAUAAAGUCACGUGUGUGGUGGGUGAGCUCUUAAUGGAAUAGGCCAGUCAAUGGGUCGGAGAAUAAAAGCGGCCCAAACAUAGAAUCAGGCUCAAAUCAUAGAUCCGAGUCCAACAGCUAAGGAGUCUAUAAAGUCACCAAUUAAGAGCGUGAAACUUACACAAAUUCUGGUAAUUUCAGCUACAAUUUCCUAACUACUAUUCCCUUCUUCUUCGAUCCUCUUCUCUUCAGCUAAAUCUUUUGUGUUCUUUCUUUCUCAGGUUCAAGUUCACCAAUAGAGUUAGUUAGUGAUCAAUGUUGUAAUAGUUUUUCUACACGUUGAUUAAUAAAAGAACUUGUGUUUCUCUCAUUGUUUUGUUAUUUUAUCAAAUUAUAUUUUCAAUUCUCUGUACAAAACA